AUGGAAAGUGGUUAUAUACCCGUUCCCGAAGAAUCUUUUGUCGAAUUGCAGUUACAAGAUCAUCGUUAUUACGGAUCUCAAAACCCUACAUUAUCCCAAAAAGAGGCUUCUUCUAAAUUAAUACGUAACGAGGAUGAAGAAGGUCUUGUAACCCACCGGAUAGAUAAUUUAGGAACCGAUGAUAACGAUCAAGAUCUUUCUCCUGAUAAGUUACAUAAAGAAAACGCCAAUUCUGGGACCUAUGGCGCCGUGUUUAAUUUAACCACAACUGUAAUCGGCGCCGGCAUUAUGGCGUUGCCGGCCACCAUGAAAGUUUUGGGUUUGUUCGUCGGAGUUAUCUUGAUUUUCUUGAUGGGUAUUUUGUCUGAGAUUAGCGUUGAGUUGCUCGUUCGAUUUACUGUUCAAUCCAAGGCUCUUUCUUAUGGGGAAGUUGUUCAACACGCAUUUGGUAAACCAGCUAGAAUAUUGUCUGAAAUAUGCAUUAUACUUAACAACGCCGGAGUUUUGGUGGUUUAUUUGAUCAUCAUAGGUGAUGUGAUGUCGGGUUCUCUUAAUCAUGUUGGUGUGUUUGAUCAAUGGUUAGGCAAUGGGUUUUGGGAUCACCGGAAAUUAGUAAUCUUGAUUGUGAUGAUUCUGUUUCUCGCUCCACUUUGUGUAUUGGAUCGUAUUGAUUCUUUGAGCGUAACUUCAGCUGCUUCGGUAGCUCUCGCAGUCGUGUUCGUGGUCGUUGCUUUUGUUGUCGCGCUAAUUAAGCUCGUUAGAGGUGAAACCGAAACUCCAAGAAUGACACCAAAUUUCGGAUCAGAAAAGACAAUUCUUGAUCUGUUAGUUGUGAUUCCAAUUAUGUCGAAUGCCUUCGUUUGCCACUUCAAUUUGCAGCCUAUUUACAACGAGCUUGAAGGGCGUUCGCCCCAGAAGAUGAAUAGAGUUGGCCGGAUCACCACUGUUCUUUGUAUUAUGGUCUAUUGCUCAACUGCCAUUUCAGGUUACCUCCUGUUUGGAGAGGAUACAGAAUCAGACGUGCUUACUAACUUUGAUAAGCCUCUUGGAAUGGAGUUUAGUACAAUUUUAAACUACAUAGUUCGUGUUGGAUAUAUUCUUCAUCUGGUUCUUGUUUUUCCGGUGAUCCAUUUUUCUCUGAGGCAAACGGUGGAUGCAUUAGCGUUUGAUGGGUCAGCUCCAUUGCAAGAAAGUAGGCAGAGGUGUCUUGCUUUGACCUUCACCCUUUUGGCGGUCAUUUAUUUAGGAUCGACCGCCAUUCCAAGUAUCUGGACAGCUUUUAAGUUCACAGGUGCAACCACAGCCGUUUCCUUGGGCUACACUUUCCCAGCUCUUAUCGCGCUAAAGUUAGGCAGCCAGGGGUCAGGUUUGAGCAGCCGAGAGAGGUUUUUGUCGUGGUUGAUGUUGUGUUUGGCGCUCAUUGUUAGCGUUGUAGGAGUUAUUAGCAACAUUUAUAGCCUGCAAACUGAUUCUGAGUGA